AUGAACGUUUUUCUAUUUAUGGAUAGAAUUGACUGGGUCGGGGAGAAAUGGGCACAGAGUAGGAUAUUCAAACAUGAACAGGUGCUUGAGGAUUAUCUCAGGUGCAUGUUGGGGAAUGUGGCCAUAGUGGAACACUUUGGCAAGCACUGCAUGCACAUAGAAAUUGUGAAGGCUGUUUCUACGGCAAUGAGCAUGUGGAGAGAGUCGUUCCAAGACGUCGAUAAUAGUAAAAAAUGUGAACACAUUAAUUAUAAUGACCUGAAGGUUGGGAGCAAGUUGGUUGGUUUAACCAUGGCAAAGUGGAUGGAAGAAUUGAGAGAUGCAGGAAGAAUUUCACCUGGAACAGCUUCGGCCACAGGAGGAGUAUGUCGGGGAUCUAAAGGAAAAACAGGUGAACGCAGGGCAGACUCAGGGCAAGGAAGUGUGCCUGUUGCAGGAGUAUUGAACAGUCAGGAUCAGGAAGAACUGAAAACAUUCAUCAAUAAGGGGAAGGAUCUGACAGAACAGGACAGAAAGGACUUACUGAAGGAGGUGUUUGAGCAGGGUGGCGGACUGCAGGGAAUAGAAAACAUAUUAGACAAAGUGAAGGAGGGGGAGUGGCCAAGGGACAACAAAAGAACGAAGAACUCCCAAACCGGUAAUACAGGUAAUGCACGUGGCACCGCCAAAACCGCGGACGGGUCAAAACCAGCAGAUAAUGAGGCGGCAACACCACCAGGGGAAUCGAUAGGUAAUACCGAUGGGAGAAAGCACGAAUAG